AUGCCUGGCUUCGACCAAGCCUCCUCCCUUAGUGCUUGGAAGCUCCUUGAGGAGUAUCAUGCCACCACUGGGAAGGAUAUUUCCCUGAAAGAUGAGUUCCAGCAGGACUCCGAACGAUUCAACAAAUUCUCUCGCACUUUCAGCAACCCUGCAGACAGUUCAGAGAUUCUUUUUGAUUUCUCAAAGAAUCUUAUCACUGACGAGACCUUUAAGCUCCUUGUCAACUUAGCUAAGGAGGCCGGCGUCGAGAAACUUCGAGAUGAUAUGUUCAAAGGAGAUGCCAUUAAUUUCACAGAGAAUCGUGCCGUAUACCAUGUCGCCUUGCGAAAUACGUCCAACUCGCCAAUGCAGGUCGAUGGAAAGAGCGUCGUCGAGGAAGUCAAUGCCGUCUUGCAGCAUAUGAAAGAGUUUUCAGAGCAGGUUAGGAAUGGCGAAUGGAAAGGAUACACUGGGAAGAAGAUCAAGACUAUUAUCAACAUUGGGAUUGGUGGUUCAGACCUUGGCCCCGUUAUGGUCUCGGAGGCUUUAAAGCCAUAUGCCGACCGCAACCUCACCCUCCACUUCGUUUCUAAUAUAGAUGGGACCCAUGUAGUCGAGGCACUGAAAGAAUCCGACCCUGAGACUACUCUCUUCUUGAUCGCGUCCAAGACUUUCACCACUGCUGAGACCAUUACCAAUGCCCAGACUGCGAAAACCUGGUUCCUCGAUAGCGUUAAGGACGAAGCACAUAUUGCUAAGCAUUUUGUCGCUCUCUCUACGAACGAAGCUGAAGUUACGAAGUUCGGCAUUGACAAAAAGAACAUGUUUGGCUUUGAGUCGUGGGUUGGUGGGCGAUACUCCGUGUGGAGUGCAAUUGGCCUGUCUGUUGCUCUCUAUAUCGGCUUCGACAAUUUCCACCAAUUUCUGGCCGGCGCUCAUGCCAUGGACAAGCAUUUCUUGGAAACCCCUCUAGAGCAGAACAUCCCGGUCCUUGGAGGGCUUUUGAGUGUUUGGUAUAGCGAUUUCUUUGGCGCCCAAACCCACCUAGUUUCUCCUUUCGAUCAGUAUUUGCACAGAUUCCCUGCUUAUCUUCAGCAAUUAUCCAUGGAGAGCAAUGGCAAGGCCAUCACCCGAUCUGGCGAUUUUGUUAAAUACUCUACUGGCGCAAUUUUGUUUGGUGAACCUGCCACCAACGCUCAACACAGCUUCUUCCAACUUCUUCACCAGGGUACCAAGCUUAUUCCCGCCGACUUCAUCAUGGCUGCCGAGUCACAUAACCCAGUUGACGGUGGCAAACACCAGCGCAUGCUUGCUUCGAAUUUCCUUGCCCAGGCUGAAGCACUGAUGGUUGGAAAAACUCCGGAUCAGGUUCGUCUCGAAGGUGCUUCGGAUGACCUUGUUCCCCACAAGACUUUCACUGGCAACCGUCCAACUACCUCGAUUUUGGCGCAGAAAAUUACACCUGGCGCUCUUGGAGCCCUUAUUGCAUACUAUGAGCACGUUACCUUCACUGAGGGAGCUGUUUGGAACAUCAACUCGUUUGACCAGUGGGGAGUCGAACUCGGCAAGGUCCUUGCGAAGAAGAUCCAAAGCGAGCUGGAGACUCAGGGUGCUGGAAGCGGCCACGAUGGUUCGACAAGCGGACUCAUUGCUACCUACAAGAAAAAGGCCGGUCUUUUGUAG